UGGGGGCUGGCUUCCUCCACCACUACCUUUCUGUCACUGCCACCACCACCACCAUUGCAGCUAUUGCUGAUGCUGCUCUGAUCAGUGCUUCAAAAGAUGUGGUUGAAUAGCAUUGUAACAGUGGCACUGCUGGUCACUGCCACAAAAUUAAUGGUAAUGGCUCUUCAUUCCAAUCCAGUCCACAGGAAACCAAGAUGCAUAUUUGGCCGGCGCUGGAUGGAGGUAGCUGGAGGAGACACACUAACUCUUACCUCCCCCAACUUCCCUGCCUCUUAUGAUUACUUCUCCCUCUGUGGCUGGACCAUCUGGCCAACAAGCAGGAAUGUUGUCCUCAAGCUGAGAUGUGACAACUUCUACCUUCAGGAGUCUAAGAAUGGGAUAUGUCGUGACUUUCUGCGGAUACAACAAGUCAAGUACUGUGGCUCCAAUAUUCCUGUCUUCUCCACCAGAAAUAUUACAAAGUUGAGCAUCACUUUCCAUAGUAAUGGAAGACUCAACUAUCCAGGCUUUCAGUGUUCCCUCACUGCCUCUAACCCCAACACCCAGCAAUGUGUGUGUGGUGAGCCAGGCAGCACUAGAGCAGAAGAUGCUCCCUGGUUAGCAGCCCUGGUAGCUGCCAAUGGUUCUCAGGCCUUCUGCAGUGCCUCCAUUGUGAGGGAACACUGGGUCCUCACCUCAGCUACCUGUGCAGUAAGAAUAAAGCACAACAAAUACAAUUAUGCAGUCCGGGUAGGAAUGGACCAAGACACAGGUGGUGGUAUGCUUAUCCCCAUCAGAAGAGUGGUUCUUCACCCAGCAUCAUUCCAUGGCCUGCCACACACUGAUGCUAACCUGGCCCUCAUCCAUCUCAAACAGGCAAUCACCUUCCAAAAUGGAGUAGCUCUGCCUGUGUGUCUGCCCCUCAGCCCUGCCCACCACCGGCCUGCCUCACCCUCCCCAAAAUGGCGAGGGUGGCGUGGUGCAGAGGUGGUAGAGCAGGAAUGCCCCCCUGCCCACCAGGGAGCUGGCUGGCUCUGUGGUCAGCCGGCAGACUCAUGCCAUCCUGAAAAGGGUGAUCUUGGCAGCCCUCUAGUGGCAAGGAAUGAAGGGAGAGGCUGGAUGCAGGUGGGUGUGACAGUGGGUGGUGACAUCUGUACAGGUGACAAAACAUUGCAUCGAGAGUCUGUCCCUCAUACACAAGCUGUGUACAUCAAUGUGAUCAACCACCUGCCCUGGAUUGUCAGGAUACUCGGGAGGGAUGACACCUGUCCACAAAGGAAUUAAGUGACCACUGUAACUACAGCUCACUGCUGAGAUCUAGAACUGCCCACCAAGAAACACUUUCUGCCAUUAAUUGGUAUUGCAUGAAAGAUCAAACACAAACUGCUUACAGUUUUCACUGAUGAUUUGCUAGUCUGUAUCAGUAUGCUUCAGAUUUCUUGUAUCUCUGACAUGUAACUUUAUGGAAGAAUUUUUCUACUUGUUUCAAUCUCUCAUGCUUGGUUCCCUGUACGAAAUCUGUCCAAGGGAGUGUGACAAGAAUAGCAGGAAAUUUCUGUGAUGUUUUCCAAGUAAAAUUUUUGCUUUGGUCAAGUCAUGUGACAAAGGGAAGAAAACAUUUUGCUUUUGGCUGGGAAUGCUGGAAACAUUGUCUCCAUAUAAGACAUAUAAGGAGACUAAAAACUAAGUGUGCCUUUUUUUUAUUUAUUUCACUAUAUGUUGCUCUUGGCAAGGUUUCCCUUUUUACAUAAAAAAAAAGAUAAUUAUAGAUGUGUAGUAGAAAUGUCAUCCUAUAGUUUAUAAAGUUUAACAUACAGUAUGAAUGGUAAGUUUGCCAUACAUUGUGGGGUGGUCUGUCCAGAGCCUGAACAUCACCAGUGACAGCUGCUGGCCGCCAGAAUGUCACCCACUCACUACAUUUAGGCCACCUCAAGGUACAGCUCAGUUCAAGCAAGACACUGCAGAGUGGUGAUGGCCUUUUCCUUGGCCAUAUAACACACACACACACACACACACACCGUCGGACUGCCGAGGCGACAAGACAUCGGAGAAGGGGCUCCAGCCAAGGCAUCAAACAUCUACCUAUACGUGUAUAUGCAGGGCCCGAGCAGUAAUAGCAAUGUCUCUAUGGUCCAAUGAGGUGAUGAGUGGGGGAAAGAAAGGAGUGUCACAAAAUAGGAAGAGGUGAAGUGUGUGAAAAGUUUGUGCGGUCAUCAACCCGCAAACAGCUGAUAAACGUAAACAUGGCGGAAGCGAGAAGAGAUUCGUUUGUGGGUUUUUUGGAUUCCCCAGGACUGAGGGAGGUGAGUUUAGACAGAAGAAUUGAUAAUAUGGAGAAAAGAAUUGGAACAAUAGUGGUAAUAGAGGAAAAGUUGGAUAGAGUUUUAAGAGAAAAUGAAGCCUUUCGUAAGGAGGUCAUAAUGCUUACCAGGAAAAUGCCAAGCUGUUGACACAAAAGUUGGAAUUGGAAAGUAACAAUGUGCUCCUGGGAAAACAGUGUCAAGAAUUAACUGUAAAAAUAACCGAGAUGGAAAGAAAACUAAAAGAAGGAGAGGAGAAAAGUAAACAAAGGGACACUAGGCUGGAGGAGGUGAAGAAAAACAAUGAAAAAGCGCAUAACAGUUUUAGGGAAAAAAUUAAACAACCAGAAAAAGAAAAGAGUGAGUUGGCCCAAUGGGAGAUUGUUAAAGUUUUACUGCAAGAGGAGACAAUGGUGAGAAACAUUGCAGAAAAGAAAAAGUGUGUGGUAGUGAGUGGAUUAAAGGAAGAUAAUAUAAGAAACUGGCAGGAGAGAAAAAUUAAGGAGGAAGAGAAGAUUAACACCAUGCUGAAUAAGAUCUCGGAAGAAGAAAAUGCAUUUGGAGAAGUUGAGGAAUAUAUGAGAUUGGGAAAGUAUGAAGAAGGAAAGUCUAGAGCCAUGAAGAUAACAUUAAAAUCCCAAGUAGCUGCUGAGCAUGUAUUGAGAAAUGCAUGGAAGCUGAAAAAUUCUCAAGAGACAAAUAUGAUUUAUGUAAGAAGAAAUAUGUCACAGGAGGAAAGGGCUAAGAUGAGAGAAAUGGUGACAGAGGUGAAAGAGAGGAAUGAGGCAAGAACAAGAAGAGAAGUUUUUUUGGAAAAUAAGAAACGACAAAGUGUGGAAGUGGUGGACAAAAGAGAGGGAGUAAAAGACCAGACAAAGGAGCAGAUAAGGAAGAAAGACAUAAGAGUAUCAUAUACUAACAUAGAUGGCUUCCUAUCAAAAAGAUUAGAGUGUAUGGACCAUCUGAUAAGGGAUAAACCAGAUAGUAUGUGUAUAGUGGAGACUAAAUUGAGACCAAAUAUACAAAUAGAUUGGUUUGGAGGGGGAAAUUAUAGUAUGUGGUGAAAAGAGUGAAUAAAAGUAGAGGUGGAAUAAUUGUGUUAACAAGAAAAGACUUAAUAGUGCAAAAUGUGUGCCUUGGAGGAGACAAGGAGGAAGUGGUGGGUGUGGUGGUGACUGAUAGAAGGCAAGAUAUCAGUAUUGUAACUGUGUAUGUACCACCAAAAACAAGUGCAUGGUCAAAUGAUCAGUAUAAUAGUAUGGUGGAAAGCACAUUGGAAAGAAUGAGAAAUGAA